AUUCGCAGCCGGUCCACUCACCGACUGCGCUUCACUCUACCGAUACCCUGACAAAGCACUCUUACGAUUACGAAGCAGACGAAGGCUUUGCGUCGGCAUCGUCUGUUGAGGAAAAGCAAACACUCGAGAUUCUUCAGAGACGACGAGCCCAGAAAACACGAUCAGGUGAAUACUCCUCCAUGACCGUCGUUCCAUUCUACCAUGCCAGCGACCGACGCAUAACCCCCGCUGAACGAUGCAUAUGGAUCGCUUCGUCCCUCUACACUUAUUACAAGCUUUGCCGUACCAACAUUCCAACCUUGAACUCGCUGAUAUUAUCAGAAUGGAUGGCUUUGAUUUUUACAAGUCUCGUUGCCUACCGAUUCAUAUCACGACGUAAGGAAAAGAAAUCCAAAACCGAUCCUCAACAGCGUUGCGAUGAUGAACGAUCUUCGUCUGCUACCGCCUCCUCCGACGAUCAACAUUCACAGGAUACUGUGUAUCAGUAUAAACCUUUGUCUCCGGAACCUUGGAAAACCCAUGGCAUGGUCACCGAGAAACUAGCUGCCAUCCAUUGGUCAAAAUUACCUCCACCGGCUCACCGUAUUUUUGGCGCAAGUAGAUCAGCAUUUCGAGAUGGAGCCGAUGAUGGAUUACUUUGCGGUGUUUUAUUGAUGCCCAUUGUAGCCGCCGCCCAAGUCUUGGAUACAGCCCGUCGCGACAUGGAUCCUUGGCAUAUAGAACACAUGCAAGCGAAAUUGGAGUUGAUGUUAUUAUUAAGUUUCAUCGCUUUACUACUGGCGUCGAUAGGACAGUUGUUGCACUCCAAAAGACGAACAGUGCGAAAACGUGGCCUGCUAUUGUGCAGUGUUUGUAUAUCGACGGUCGUGGUAUGGUUCAUUACUCGUGUCACCUCAUUGGUCCCUGUACUCUGUAACACGCCAAUGACAAUGACUGUCGUAUCGCUGACCGUAUUCCAAUGGUGCCUCUAUUUAUGCGUCGUCGCUCUAAAAAAAUGCUUUUCUCUGGGCGAAAUGUUUCUAAUUUCCCAAGGAGCGGCCGUUCUCGUUCACAAUGCCAUGGAAUUCAUCUAUAUUACGUUCAUGCCUGAGGAUACUCCAAAAUAUAUUCAGUACGCCGAUAUUUCCCCUAUCGCUGUUCUGCUUCAUGCUGUCAUCCUCGGCAUGUUCAUUAUUGGGAUCCUCGCUUAUCCACUGUUACGCUAUUCACGUCAAUUGGCGCGUCAACCGUACUGGCGCACGGCCCCUGUGGUCGAGGGUCUGUCCAGUAUUGAAAAGAAAAAAAUCUUGGUGGCUUUAGCAGUUUAUGGUACAACACUAGGGAUCAUUCUUUUCUUUAUCGCACCUGUAUGCACCUCCAUCAUGGGUCACAAUCCGCUUAUGUGGACCGUGGAAUAUGUGUUCAUGUCUCCGCCUCGUUUGUUCUUGUGUCUGUACUGGGCAUUUACAAUCGCGACGACCGUGGUGGUGUGGGUGUUGGUGCUCGAUUUCAGUUCUUUUGACACGCAAUCGGUCGGUCCGCCUUUUGACGCCAAGGAAACGCAGAUCCGAGUAUUGACUCAGACUCUCAACAAGAAACGAAAAUUGUUCCAUGCUUUGGCCGUCGUCAUGUUCGUCCCAGCCGUCUUAUUUGAGCGGUCUUUUCUACAACUUUCCUUUGCUGUCGCGUUAUCGGCAUUUAUUUAUCUCGAAUAUUUACGAUAUUUCGCUGUGUGGCCCUAUGGCAAGAGUCUGCACAUCUUCCUGACCGAGUUUAUCGACAAUCGAGACCUCGGUCCUGUCAUUCUAAGCCAUAUUUAUUUGUUGCUCGGUUGUGCAAGUCCCGUAUGGUUAGGCCGUUCCAACUUGCUUGCCAGUCUCUCUGGAAUUCUGGCUCUCGGGUUUGGCGAUGCCGCCACAGUGGAGGGCACAUUGGCGUUUAUUCUGACCGUGUAUAUUAGUUCAAUCAUGAUCACCUAUGUAUCCGCUUUCUUUGGCGUGGAAGACGCCUCUCGUUUCGUUGCUUCGGCGGGCCGAAGUAAAUGGUUUAAUUACAUGUUUAUUGUCACCAUCACAGGUUUACUGGAAGCAUUUUCAACUCAGAAUGAUAACAUUGUCAUUCCCCUUUAUAUGUAUGCUCUUAUUGUUUUGGAGCAAAUUGUUUAAAAGCAACCACACGCCAUCUCUCUAAUAUCCUAUCUUAUAACACUAAUGAACUAUUAUAACCCCCAUUCACACUACUCAUUGUUCAAUACCGCCUCGUGUUAUUUUAUUUGAAUGAUUGUAUAAUGCCAUUAUUUGAUUUAUUAUGCUAUUUUAU